UCACUUGAUAAAAUUUGUGUUGGUAUUUUUCGUUACAACGCGAUCGUCUUUAGCUAUGGCUCGCACAAAGCAAACCGCUCGUAAAUCAACUGGUGGAAAAGCUCCACGAAAACAGCUCGCCACCAAGGCAGCUCGUAAGAGCGCUCCUGCCACCGGUGGAGUCAAGAAACCUCAACGUUACAGGCCUGGUACAGUCGCUCUUCGUGAGAUCCGUCGUUACCAGAAAUCCACCGAGCUGCUGAUCCGCAAGCUGCCCUUCCAGCGCCUUGUGCGAGAAAUCGCUCAGGAUUUCAAGACCGAUCUGCGUUUCCAGAGUUCCGCUGUCAUGGCUCUUCAGGAAGCUAGCGAGGCUUACCUUGUUGGUCUGUUUGAAGACACCAACUUGUGCGCCAUCCACGCCAAGCGCGUCACCAUCAUGCCCAAGGACAUUCAGUUGGCCCGCCGAAUCCGUGGAGAGCGAGCAUAAGUGGAUAACACCUUUAUAGAACAAACGGCUCCUUUAGGAGCCACCACAUGAAUAAAAGCAAUGACCAACACACACAAAUGAAAUUAUAGACGCUUUCAUGUUCAAUUACCUUAGUUCCAUGAGAAGAAACCGAACGUCCCUGAAAUAUUCGGUCCCUUCAGUUUUCAUACCGAGAUACGAAUUCCCUUAUCCAGUUUAUUUUGGCAGUAGCAUUUAUAUGAAAACUAAGAUUUUGAAGAAAAUUGAGACUGGUAAAAUGAAAAUUGUUCGAUGAAAAUCGUCUUGCACAUACAAAGUUUCCAAACAACAUUCAUAUUCCGCCAUUUUGUUUCCGAUCAACGGCGUCGUCUCGCUCAUGUACAUGGUUCGAUUUCUUCCUCUUGAAAUUUUGCCCGAAUGUUUCUUCGUAUCAUUAUACACUGAAACGAAAAUAACAGAGUUUUACGUAGGAUUUGACCUUUCGUAACGUCUGACUUCUGCUAGAUCUAACAAUCGUUAACUUCAAUAAAUUUUGGCGCCACUUUCCUUGAAGGUUCCAGUGGGUACGGGCGGUCUUUGCAAUAUCGAUCUAAAUUACUUAUUGCAAGUGAGACAGAGAGCUAGGAGGAAAUUUUUAUUACUACUAAGAUGUCUUUCGUUCAACUCGUUGCAUUUUUGAAGGUCAUCCCCUAAUAAUAUUAAACUCUAUUAGGGCAAAUA